UCUGUGAAUGAUUGUUAGACAAGCCUCACUUCACACUCAUCUUGGCAGUCUAAAGCUUCAUCUACAAAUACCCCAUCAUCCUUAGCACCAUCGCCACCAGGACUCUACCCCCUGAUCAUAAGCCCUGGCACUCACUACACAAAGAGCGGCUUCAUCACCUCGCUGUACAACCUCAAAACUCAGCGCAAUGACCGAGCAAUCUUGCAAGCAAACUAACUCUUCCAAGUCAAAGAGCUCCAGCAGCAAGACGUCCGGCAGGCAGAGCGCCCCCUCGAGCACAGUGCUCGUGGACCGCUCGUGGCAGUAUCGGCCGCUCGGCCGGGGCCAGGCGGCGACGGGCGGAAGCAGCAGCUACUGCGUCGACCGGUGGCUUACGGAGCCGUCGUGGCAGGAGCCGUUCCACACCAUCGCCGAGGUGCCGGCAGCCGGAUUCGAGGCGGGACAGUGUGUCGGACGUCAGGUGUCGGGCGCGUCGGCGACGUGCACCACGUCCCGUACACAAAAGCAGCAGCAGCAGCGCUGAAACCCGGAAAAUGCAGGGAAGGCAUGCAAGGGUGAAGGGUUUUCCCUGGGGGUCGGGCUGGGAGAACUCUUAUUGGUUUUCGGGGAAAGGUUUCUUAUAUGUGGUAUGCCACUCUGCAUUUCCGUUCACUUAACC